AUGUCAGCUGGACUCAUUCCCCCCAACCCGGCGGACGUGAUGGUCAUUCGGAACGUUACUCCCAGAGUCGUCACCUUUUCAGUGCCCUUUUCGCGUUUCGGCAAGAUCAAGAUUGGCGGACGCGGCACCCUAGUCAAGCUCACCUCUGGCAACCUAGCCAUAUUUUCCCCCGUCGCGCUCACCGAGGAAUCCAGGGCCAAGAUCGCGGAGCUCGGAGGCCAAGUAGCCUACAUCAUCGCGCUCGACUUUGAGCACCACCUCUUCGUCUCAGAAUGGGCCAGAGAGUAUCCGGGCGCUAAGCUCGUCGGCCCUGAAGGUCUGCAAGAAAAGCGCGCCAAGCAGCGCAACGACCCCAAAAUAAGCAAUGACCAGUUCACCAUUGUCUUCACAAAGGACGGCAAACGCAACAUCAAGAUGGGUCCCGAGUUUGACGCCGACUUUGAUUAUGAGUAUGUGGACGGGCACGCCAACAAGGAACUCGUCUUCUACUAUCGGCCCGACAAGGUUCUCAUCGAAGCCGACCUCAUGUUCAACCUGCCCGCUAUCGAGCAGUACAGCAAGGUUCCGGAUGGCCAAAAGCCAGGAGGGUUGGCCGACAAGUUGUUCCGUUGCGCGCAGAGCCCUGCAGGCGAUGCUACUUGGAUGAAGCGCUUCAACUGGUAUCUUGCCGCCAGGGACCGAAAUAGCUUCAACGACAGCAUCAGAGUCAUUGACCAGUGGGACUUUGAUACUCUAAUACCGUGCCAUGGCGAAGUCAUCGAGGGCAACGCCAAAGAGGCGUUUAGAAGAGUCUUUGCGUGGCAUCUACAGCGGAAGAGUUGA